GUUAAAGGAGACACUUUUUAAUUGGACGACGAAAGUGGCAAGAGAUUAUUGAUUCUUCUUGGCUCUGGAAGCUGUCCAUUUGAAGUUGUUUUGGCUCGUUUCAAUAAAAAUGUGACCGAAUAGCGAUAUGAAGAAGAUGGCCCCUAAUUUUAAUCUUAAAAUUCUGUAAAAUAAGGCUACAAAACAUCAUGAUAAUGGUCUGAAUAGUUGGUCCAUUUUUGCCAUAUAUUUUAACUAUUAAGAGUCAAACGUAAUGCAUGAAUUGUCAAAGAUAUAAUAAAAAAAGGGCAAAGCUUGGCGAGAAAGAUAAAGAGGUCACUUCCAAGAAACUUGUCCAAGAAUAUUCAACCCUGAUUUUGUCUUAUAAAUACAUAUCAUGAAACUAAAUCUAAACAUCAUAAAAAACUCUAAACAUGUCUCCCUUGGCGUCUUUCUUUGGUUGCUUCGUUCCAAAAUCCAGGGCAAAGAUUAGCUCAACCAAUGAUAGUAACUCGAAAGUCUUGUCCUUGGAGAAACCAAAAAGCAAAUCAAAAUCUCCGAGAGCUCCAGUCAUCGUGUCUUAUUUUCCCGCAGGUUCGAAUCUUUCGCGUUUGUAAGAGAAGAUAUAAGAUCAAGUGUGGGACGGGUGUUGACUUUUUCUUUUGAUGUUGACAUAUGUAAAUGUAAAGACUUUAUGCGUUUAUUUCAUUAUAUGUAAAUUGUACUGGACCACCUAGCUUUAAAAAAAAUGGCACUUUAUGCGUU